AUGACUUCAGAAGCCCCUACACAUCCUAGAGUUCAUAUUAAGUCAUGGAAAUGCGUUGCUUCAUGGAAAUGGGAUGUUGCUGAAGAAAAUGGGUGCAGCAUUUGUAACACAGAAUUUGAAAUGGCUGCUCCUGGAAUUAAAUUUCCUGGAGAUGACUCCCCAAUUGUUUUAGGACGAUGCGGUCAUGCAUUUCAUUUGCAAUGUAUUGAAAAAUGGAUAUACAGACCUGGAUCAACAGGUACAUGUCCAAUUUGUCGACGACCAUUCGAAUUCAAGAAUUAA